UACCAUUUUUCCACGGAGACCUCAGUGUGUCGACUCCCAGUCUAGAGAGAACAACUAAAAACUCCUAAAAUUAUUGCCAGCAGCAACUAAAUUCCACAACUAUAUUUCGUACGAUACAAGGCCCGAGCCAACUAUCCCAAAAACCAGUCAUGCCGCGAUAUCCGAACUCAAUGAAAAUGGGCUGCUCCUAUUGCGGCGAAGAGGGGUUGAUCCUGGGAACCCAGGUUGAAGGAGAGGCUGUCGACGUGCCGAGUCUUCGCAGUCUCGAAGCUUUGGACAGGGGAAGUGCAGCCCCGCAGCGGGCGAGCCGCAGCCAACGGCAAAGCCAAUCGGAAAAGGAGAAGAGUUCUGUAAAGCGUCCCAGCUUCAAGAAAGCCAAAAAGGGAAAGGUAAUCCGAUCCAACAUAAUAAAGGCGCUGCAGACAGAAAAUCUGGGUGACAUCGUAUCGGUGAGGGCUCCAGGGCCCUAUAAGUUUGCUAUCUUGAGAGGCAUGACGAGCCUGGGAAGACGACUAUUUGGCUUUAUCAACUGGUGGGGCCCAAAGGCGAAGCCCAGGGGUACGAUGCAAACGGAUUUGGCAACUGAGGAAGGUGAAUCCGGAAGUGUGGGCCAAAUGGAAGCAGUGGGAAUGGGGCCUCUGGAGGAGAAUCCAUCGGAGUCGAUGUCACAGCUAGAGGUAGAUCAAGAGGAAGCGGCAAAGGACACAGCCCACAUUGUUCUGGAGCAAGUUGAUCCAACAGCAGACACAAAGACCGAGGAAGACAGCGCUGCUACUUAACUUUUAAAGGACCAAAUUUGGCUCAGUUUGUAGUUUAUUACAGUCCCCAUUCGAAGGGACUAAGCAAAAUGAAUAAAAUGCAUAAAAAUUGUUGAUUGAA